AUGCCGCUGCUUGCCGUUGGAACCUUCAACACCAACGAGCUCUUCACGGUCCGCUUCAACCCAGAGGACGAGAGCCUCGAGCUUCUUAACGUCUCUGAGGCCAAGGGCAACCAUUCGUGGCUCUCAACCGCAACCAUCCCGAAAGCCUCGGCGAAGGAUGGAGCCGCAGCAGCAGUAGUACCGACACACCUGUAUGCGACGUGCUGGACACAGCCGCCAAGCGUAGCUGCGUAUCGUAUCGAUCGAACUGGUCCGGGAGAUGCACGCUUCCAACUACUCAACACGGCCGAGACGGCUGCUCGUUCGGGCUACGUCUACGUCGGUUUUCCCGAGAAGGGACAGCAUCCUGUGCUGUAUACAUGCGGCGGACCUACUGGUGAAGUUGUCGGUAUCGAUUCCGACACGGGCGCUUUCGAUCUGACUGGAUCAAAACACGAGUCCAUCGUUGCGUCGCAAGAACCUUCCGACGGAAUCACGGGUGUCGGAGCAGCCGGUCGCAUCCAGGAGAUCGACUUUGUCACUGGCGAAUGCUCUUUACCCGGCAAAACGCUGGCUGAGUCCAAAGAGCUGCGACAGAAGCAAGAACGAGCCAGCUCGAGCGCAAACGAUCCUAGCGCGACUGGCAAACUCGACGCUUCGGGCGGCAAGAAUGCCAUGGACUUCGGCGGUCUCCGUCACGGCUCGCACGGUAUCGAUCUCUCACCCGACGGCAGCGUCUGCUACGUCCCCGACAUCGGCCGCAACUGCGUCUGGACCAUGGACGUCGAUCCCACGAAUGGUGUUCUUAGUCUCAGUGAAAGGAGCAUAGCGCCCAGAAGCAACGACGGCCCGCGCCACACCAUAUCGCACCCGGAGGGACGCUAUAUCUACAGCCUGCAGGAGCACAGCUCGAUGGUCGACGUGUUUGAGCUCAUCAAAGACGCCAAAGGUACGCGUAUGGAAUGGAGGCAAGGCGUCAAGAUCAUCCCGCAGAGUGAUGAUGAGGGGCUCUACUGGGCGGACGAGGUGCGGCUCUCUCCUCCCACAGCUAAUGCUGAUGGCGAGUAUCCACUGUACAUGUACGCAUCCACACGAGGUCUCGCCUCGGGUACCAAAGGAUGGGUCGCUGUCUUCCAGCUCGACAAGCACGGGCUUGUGGUCUCACAGCAUCGUGAUGCUCAGGACGAGCUCGGAGAUGCGCUGUGUCUGUGGCAGACGCCCACGUCCGGUGGAUGGGCAAACGCCAUCGAGCCUGCUCCCACCCUGCUACGUGGUCCCACCGGUAGCGUUCAUUAUGCUGCGCUCACGGACAGCGAGGUGGGUCAAGUGCGUCUGUUGCGUGUCGAUGUCAACGACGCCUCUCAGCCGAACAAGGUGUCGAUUAAAGAGGUGGCUACGCUCGAUCUUGGUCAUGACGCCCAGGGCAGGCUCAGGGAGGCAGCAACGGCGGUCUGGAUAUGA